UGAACACUAUUAUGCAACACAAUGUACACAUACGUAUAUUACAACUAUAAAUAUGAUUUCUAUUGUUUUAUUUUCAAUGACUAUGAAGUUCUAGAUCCGAAGGAUCGUACAUUUCUCUAUACUGAGACCUUAACUUUGUAAAUUAAUUAUUUUGUUUCCAACGGAAAUAGAAAGGACAACGAUGAAGACGUGGAACGCAAGCAAUAAAGAGGCCCUAACUUUAGAAAUUUUGCAAAAAGGCACGCGUUAACUAUUUUUCCACAAUGCUAUUAUUUUAAUAACCCGGUCUCGAUUUAGAUUCGGUUAACCAUUGGUUCAGUUUAACCGGUCAAGAUUAGCGAAAGAAUCCAAAUCAACGGUUAAGAUUACCUCAAAAUAAUGAACGGACAGACAGGAUGAGCGAACCUCAAUGAAAGACGCUUCCAGAGAGAUGUGUCUCCAUUAAACCCUAGAGAGUGAGUUUAGAUACACAACAUGGCUUUCUUAAGUAAAGUUGGAAGGAUAUUUAGGCAGACUAGCACCCAUGUCACUGCCUCUAACUCAAUGCUACAGAGCAUCCGUUGCAUGUCUUCCUCAAAAAUCUUUGUUGGAGGUAUCUCCUACAGCACUGAUGAGUUUGGCUUGAGAGAAGCUUUUAGCAAAUAUGGACAAGUUGUUGAUGCCAAAAUUUUUGUGGACCGUGAAACAGGUAGAUCGAGGGGUUUUGCUUUCGUGACAUUUACUUCUAACCUGGAGGCUACUAAUGCCAUGCAGUUGGAUAGACAGCACCUUCAUGGUCGAAGAAUUAGGGUGGACUUCGCUACUGAAAGAGGAAGAGGAUUUGGAGGAAGGGGGUUGGGUGGUCCAAGUGGUGGUGCUGUUUUUUAUGAUGAUCCUCUACCGUGUGGUUACGUUGACGAUUUUUCUGUUUGGUGCCAUUGACAAUCUGGCCUGGCAGUUUGGUGGUUCAGAGAACGAGAGCUUAAUCCCUCCAUAAUGUUGCAGUUUCAGAAUAAACAUAUGAAAGUUUCUUAAUUUUAAUGUUUUUAACGUUUGGGGUUUGUUUAUCAUCUAGAAUUCUACCUCUAUAUAGAUUAGGUUAUCGCAUUUGAUUACGCUAAAGACGGUUAGUUUCUCAGCGAAAUAUCAAGAUUCCGCCCCGUGACUCUGAUCAUGAUAUUUGGGGUUUGUUUAUCAUCUUCAUAAAUAAAUAAAUAAAAAUUGUAAUA